AUGUCAACCGGCUCAUCCGACCCCUUCUGGGAGCGACGGUGCCGGCUUGAGCGGGACUACAACAUGGGAUUUUCGCCGAUCACUUCCAAGUACGACCCCUUUUCGGUCACUCUAUAUUUCGAUGUAGUGCUACCCAUGGCAGCCCCGACUAUCCACGAAAUAACCUGCCAGAUAACUUACCAAAUCGAACAGUGUCUACAAACCCGCGCUUACCGGCGGACUACUAUUUUGCUGCCACCGACGAAAACUCGCAUGAGUGUCACGUUCGACCUACGCAGGUUCGGACCUGUCCACGAUCCGAGAAAAACGACCCCGCAACUGAUUUACAAGGCCAUCAUCAAAGAGCUUCAGCGAUAUGAUAAUGACUGUCGCAAAUUCACGAAAUUGGAGAGGAGGUAUCAGAUUGGGGAAGGGAUGGCUCCAUACCUUUGCGUACAAAUGGAACCACGUAAGGAAUUCUGA